UCUUGAACCGGCGCGUUGCAUCAUGGCCAAGCUCGCCGUCGGCGCAUUGGUCGUGCGCGUCCUCGACGACCUGCGCUUUCCGUGCAAGGUCCUCGAUAUUACCUACGCUGAUGACGCGACGCCUAUGCUAUGGACCAUCCAGUACGUGGACGACGGCAACGUCGAGACCAUCACCGACAUUGACGAGCUCGAGUUUGAUAUGGCGCCAGUGGUUUCCGACGGCCGCUCGCUUGUCGAGGUCGUGGGCUAUGUUGUCGCGUUUCUGACCUCUUGGGAGAAUGCGACUGUUAUACGCCACGUCUCGCGGCGCCUCAGAGAUGUUGUGUCGGAGGCAAGCCACUGGAGACACGUCGACCUUGCGAUACAGCCCACGCACGUGCGACUGGAUCGCUACCUCCAUUUGAUCCUGCACACGAAUACGACCGAAGGGCAUGUCCGUAGCGUCGUGCAGUCUCUCAACUUGGCGUCGCUGCUCGUGUCCGACCAGGAUGUGCAGAAUCUUGUCAAGCAAUGUCCGCACUUGCGUCACGUCAAUCUGGCCUACUGCCCGCUUUUGUCGUACCAACUCUUUCCUUUGCUCCACGCGUUAAGCGCAUCGUCGUCUCUGUCGAGCCUUGACUUGUACAUGACGCGCAUCAUGCACUGGGAGACGGCAGCGCUCACCAACGCGUUUGGCAACGUCGUCACCGUCGAGCCCUCCGGCUUGGUGCCCUUCCGAGCCGACGCAUUCACGGCCUCCCGCACUAGCGACGCCACCUUUGCGGUGCACGUGCUGGAUACGGUUGGCCUCGACGCCCAAGGCGACGCGGACGACGACUGGCACACCAAACUCUGCUACACCUGGCCGUACACGCUGCUGCCUGUGGUGUACCUGGCGGGCGAAGCCUACGUGUGUCGAUCACCUGACGAUAUCGCCCGCUGGCGAUGCGAAACAGCCAAGAAAUUAGCGCCCCCGAUGUGCUUGGUGCCCCGGGCACUUACGCCGCGACCAGAGAAAGCACCCGACCCGCUCGACGAGCAAGCAAAGACUGUGUUUGCCUCGCUGCACGAAUGGAAGACGUCGCUGGAAGCGCAAGUCGAGACGCUCACGGAAGCGCUUGUGCUGGCCCAACAAGACCACGCUGUCGCCAAGCACGAGUAUGAUCUCGCCGAGCGUCAGCGGGCCGAGGUGACUGCGACGCCAACCGCGCUGUCCUGGCGCUCGACACCGCCGGAAAGUGGACACAUUGUCCAUCGCGAUGGCGACGAUUUGUUGCCGCCGCUACCGCACGCCGCAGCAAUCGCGGACUUGUCUCGUGCUCUGAGCCAGCAACAUUUUGCACUCUGCGAUGACUUUCUCGGUCAUGGUAGCGCCAUACAGCUCUACGACGCGGUCGAGCAACUACACGCGGCCCAAGACGGUCUCUGCUUUGAGCGCGGCGCACUUGCCGGUGGUAAAACGGGGCGCAAUCUUCGAUAUGAAAUGGCGUCGGUGCGCGGCGACGACGUGCUCUGGCUCGACGGCACCGAGCCCGCGUGUCCGCCUGCGAUUGUGACGACCCUCCGUCAGCUGGAUCGCCUUAUUCUGGAGCGCCUCGCCGGUGUCAACUCGGAACUGCGUUCGUGUGCGCUGCAGCGACAGCGCGUCAUGCUGACAUGCUACCCCGGUCACGGCGCGGCGUACGUCAAGCAUUGCGACAACCCGAACCGCAACGGCCGCAAGCUGACGGCGAUUCUGUACUUGAACCCUCUUUGGGACGAACGCGAUGGCGGACAGCUCGUGUUGCACCGGACGCCACCAACACGCAUUAGCCCAGUUCUAGACCGGCUUUUACUCUUCUUUUCCGACACGCGGGUGCCGCACGAAGUGCUGCCGUCGCACGCAAAACGGUAUGCACUCACCGUGUGGUACAUGGACUGGGACGAGUUCAUGGAGGCGCAGGUCUUUACGGACACGACCAACGAGACGCACGAGCGACGCCACAUCGAGGCUGAAAUUGAAAAAUUCCACGCCAAAGCUUCGUAACCUGCCGCUACUAAAAGAAUUCUUGG